CUUCCCGUCCGUCGUCGCGCCUAGACUUCACCGGCCGGGAUCGAUCUGCUCUCGCCGGCCGCCCGGCGUGUUCCGUCUAUGGGAUACUGGUUCUUCGGCGGCCACGGCGGCUUCUACAUACCCUCCUCUGACAGGAGCCAGCCUCGACCCGCUGGCCCUCACCGGCCGUUGCUGUACAGUAGUCUACCAUACGAAGAGCAGAUCCGCCGGAUGGAAGAAGGCGUCCGCCUCCGUCAACGGCCACCGCCCAACCCCACAGUCUGGAAAUACUUCAAGAUCUUCACUAGGUGUUUCAUGGCCGCGAUGAGCAUCGCUAUGAUGGCUUGGAUAUUCGUGGCGCGAUAUUUCAACUGGAAUCCUGAUGUGCAGGACCCCUACAAGAUGAUUGCACUGCUUUUUUGUUCUCUCAUACCGGUGGGAUUCGGUUUCGUGAUAACAGAAGAAGAUCAGGGGGAGGCACUACACAGUUAAAUGGUGUGGACAUGGCUAGGAUUUAUGCAUUUCUCCGGUAGAGAGGCGAUCAAGAGGAGAAAAGAGAUACGAGAACUAGUUACUCUAGGUUUGCAUCUGGAAUUCUACUUUCCAGAAGGAAUCGACAUAUAUAUGGUUU